UGUGGGGCUGGCGGAGAGCGCUGCCGCCACUGCGAGCGUCACACCGCUGAAUGGGAAUCUAUCCGGCAACUCCAGCAGACCGCUGUCUCCUACGCGCGCCCUGCGUAAAACCAAGCGGCGUGUCUCCAAGUGUGGCUCGGGCCGACCCACAGGCGGCGAGCGCGCUCAGCAGCUCGGAUCGGACGUUGACUUUUCCCGCACUUGUUCCCGACUUGCAGCGGCUCACAACAGCGGCAUGCCUGCCAUCAAGAAGGAGCGCCUGGACGGCGACGACAUGGCUUUGGCCGCUUUCAACCAGUCCGAAUACUUGGCCCCUUUAAAUGCCGCCGCGAUCCCCGUGGUGACCCCGCACCCGCCGCCUUACGAGCACAUUUUGGCCCACCACCGCGCGUACUUGGGGCUCCACGACUCGACCCUGCAUCACCAGCACCUCCAGCACGCCACGGACGACUUGAUGCUGGAGAGGUUUUCCUCCAUCCCGGACUUCCAACCCUUCUUUGACAACGGCGAGCCGUGCAUCGAGGUGGAGUGCGGGGAAAACAAGGCUUUGCUUUAUAUUAACAAACUCUGUCAAGGCAGCAAAGGACCCUCCAUUAAAUACCGCGGCGAGUGGCUCACUCCCAACGAGUUCCAGUUUGUCAGUGGCCGGGAGACAGCCAAAGACUGGAAACGGAGUAUUCGACACAAAGGGAAAAGUCUCAAGACUCUCAUGUCCAAAGGAAUCUUACAGGUGCAUCCUCCAAUCUGCGAUUGUCCGGGUUGCCGAAUCUCCUCUCCCGUGAAUCGUGGCCGCCUCGCUGAGAAGCGCACCAUCCCGCUGCCCCCCAACCGUGUGCCCAAGAAGGAGCUGGCCUCCAUCUUCAGCAGUGACGACAGUGAAGGGAGCGAACGGACCAGUGGGGAUCAUGGCCACAUCAAGCAGGAAGACGAGCUUCAUUACAGUAUCGUGCGCAAGGGUCGUGACAGUGACCUCUCUACAAUCAUCUCGAACCUGCACCACAGCAGACAGCACGGCAUGCCCGAGGGCCAGUCAGCCUCCGACCACAAUGCCAGUCCGGGACACACAGAUGACCUUCUAGGAAAGAGGAGAAGCUUUUCUCCCAACAGCAGCAGCAACUCCCCCUCGGACAGUAAGAAGUCCCGCAGCGUAUCCCCCAAAGAGACCGCACAGAGCCCAGAAGGGGAGGCAGGUGGCAGCCACAGCCACAUGAGCCCCGAGGAGCACUACAGGCACAUGAUGUCAGCACUCAGCGAGCACGGAUCCUACGAGGAGCAGCAACAGCGCCUCUACCAGCUGGCCAACAGCAUGGGACUGCCCGGACACGACGUGCUGCGCGCUCAGCAGGAAGCGUUGGCUGCGGCGGUGAGGAAUCCGGCGGCCUUAGAAGCUCACCUGCCCACGGGAGGCAGCUCCUCAUCAUCCAGCCAGAGACGCAAGCAGGGCCUACCGCAGCACCGGGAUGCACAUUACACAGAAAGAGAACUGUCCCAGCCUCCGCCCCUCCUUUCACCUUCAACGGCCCCUCACAUCGCGCUAGGACCUCACUUGCGGGCUCCUUUCCUCGGCUUGCCCUCAGCUCUCUGCCAGGCCCCUGGCUAUGGUUUCCUGCAACCGGCUCAAGCUGAAAUCUUUGUGCGGCAGCAGGAAAUGCUGAGGAAGCAGAAUCUCGCAAGACUUGAGAUGUCAGCCGAGCUAUUGAGACAGAAGGAGUUGGAGAGUCUCCACCAGCGACAGCAGCAGCAAUUGCUGAGCUCCGACCCGCUGGCCGCCCUCCCCGCCAGCCUGCCCUUGGACCACCCGGCCCUGCGGAGCCUUCAAGACAUCCCCGAGGGUCACCCGCUCCGAGAGGAACUGGUCCGCCGCUCCAAUGCCAUGCUGGUGCUUCGACACGGGGCCACGGCGCCCCUCCUAAGCGCCGACCAGCAGGAGCAGCCCAAGACGUCGUCCACCCACAAAGAGGCCCAAGCCCAGAGCUUCACGACCGGUUCUGACGCUGAUUCCAAGAAGGCCCUCCACCGUGGCCCUCCGCCUGAGCUCCGCGCUGGCCAUCGCAAAAGAAGAAGAGAGGACAGAGGAAGCGAGGGAGACGACGAGGACGCGAAGGACUCGGGCAGCGAAACAGAAACAUGCGACGAGAGGCGGGAAGGCCCCGCUGCCAAAUCGAGGAGUAAACACAAGGACAGUCGAGAAAGAGACGGCAAGGGGCCGUGCAACAGCGCCAAGGAGAGUCAAGAAUGCUCGGGCCGGCUCAACGCGUCUUGUAGUUCAGCUGGCACCAACUCGCCCAGUCGCCACUUAUUCACCUCGGCGCUGGGGAAGUCGGAUGUCAAGCUCCAGCUUCCACCUGGAUUUGUGCCACCUCUGCCCGCUCUUCAAGGACAGUCGUUGCCCUUUGGAUUCCCAUACAUCAAUCCUUACUUUCACAUGGGCUCUGUGGGAGGUCUUUUCAUGGACGGGGAGGACUCGGUUCCAGCGAACCCCGUGGAGGAUUUAAGCAAGUGGAGCGUGGAGGACGUGUGCGGCUUCAUAAGCAGCCUGGCAGGAUGUGCUGAAUACGCUCAGGUGGCGCGGCGCAUCGGCAGACUUUUCUACAUGACUGGAUUCCCGCUGGCCUUCCCGUUCCCGCCGUCGGCCGCCCUGCGCCCUUCGGAGCGGGACGGGGAGGCCCCGGGGGUGCCCGCCGACACCCCCUCCUUGCCCCUCUCCCUACUCCAGAGACCCGCCUCCACAAGCGGAAGCUCUUCUCCUUUCAGUGGGCCCACCCCGGGCUGCUCCUCACCCAAGCAGGAGAAGACCAACGGCUCCACGGCGGUGGGAAGAUAAGGGCUCCCUCCUCACAGGGUUCGCUUGAACUUCCAGGCCUUAAAACAGAAAUGGACGGGAAAGGGGGGGAAAAAAAAAGGCAACGUGGAGGACGACACGGACUGAGUUCCUGGCCCGUGGUUGUGUCUGAGCCGAAUCCAAAGAAAGUGGCUCGGGAGACGCACGAGGCGCAAAAAAA